AUGGCGAGUCCGGACGAGGUUCGAUGGAUUCACCGACGCCCUCAAGAUCGUCUCGGCGAGUACUUCACCCGGCAACGAAGAGACGGCUCCUUGCAGCACAUUCACAGCGAUCGCGCGCGAAGACUGUCAGAGACGUUCGAGCGCCUAUCGCAGAUGUACGCACGAAUCAAUGAAUCCGGCAUGGAACUUGGCAGGCAUGGUUACUAUACGACACAUGAAUCCGAAGGAAGCGAGGACGUGUACCAGCCAGAAGCUCGCAACGAAGACAUUGAUGGGAAAGAGAUGCCGAGAUCGCAAGGACACUUGAGAGAAUCGAAGCAGGUCAGAGCUGCAGCGAGUGGAACGUCAGGUCUCUUCUCGAUGCGAGGAGAUGUGAGUAGCGGGAUGUACACGGGAGGAGGAAGAUACCGAUCGAUCCGCGACCUCGUCUCCCAGCUCUGGUUUGACGACAUGGACGAGGCGACGAGUGGAGCAGAAGGCUUGUGCGACCUGUGCGUCCCUUCAAACCCGCAGGCAGCUGUCAACCGAGAAGUUAUCGGAGCGACUCCCACCUUCUUCGAGGGAUGUGAGCGGCUCAUUCGCAGUGGAAGCCCCAACGCGAUCUAUCACGCGUGCGAGGCUCUGAGUCAAGUCGCCUUCAACAACUCUCGUAACGCGCUGAGGAUCAUGGAGUGUAGGAGCCCCAGCUUGCUCUCAGCUCUCGCCCACCUCCUGGAGUUCAUCGAGGUCAAAUUCAAGCAGCAUGACAACUUGGCUCCUUCAGGUCCGAUGCAGAACCAGGAAGACGAUUUAAAGAGACGAUUUCUUGCUUUCAACGCCCUCAGUUACGAGUCAAAGUGCGAUCUGCAGAUCGCCAUUCUGCGAACGCUGAACAACUGUGCUUGGGUCAGCUCUCGAGCAUGCAACGACAUCGUGAGCUACGAUGAGCUCAUGAGCAGCAUCGAGCUCACCCUGAUGAACGAGAUGCAUGACUCAGCUGGGGCCUCGCUGGAAACCUUCUCACAGACUCGUGUGGCCGUGAUAGAUUCUAUCAUCGGUCUUUUCAUUCUCUUCACCUCCAACAGGCGGAGCAGAGAGGUGCUGAGGAGGAGGAGAGUACUAGAAGACCUCUUGCUGCCCCUGAUCCAGCAAUCAGAAGAUAUCAAACAUCCAUCAGAACAGGUCUCCUGUACCAUUGCCAGCAUCUUUGAGAUCGUCGUCAAGCUGAUUCCAGAAGAACAGCAAUUCCCAUUCUUACCUGACAUCUCAACCUUGAAAACAAUCGUGUGGACUUUGCAAUGUGCUCUCGAUGGGAUUAUAUGGGCAGGAAUCACCUGGUCGCCGCUCAGUCGUCUUCAGACUCUCAGCAGGCUGGCAGAGGUGGACGAGAUCAAGAUCCCCCUUGUCGAACUUCACCUCCCCGACCUGCUCGUCAGGGUGCUCGAACAGUGGUCGAGAGAGCAAGGAGAGAUGCUUCUCGAGCACUGCCUGCACACGUUGCUGUGCCUGAUGACCGUGCAAGAGGUCAGGUUCCAGCUGUACAUGACGGGCGUGUGGUCCCCCCUCAGAAACAUCGUCCUAGGGGAGGAGGGCGUCGCCGAGUCGGCUCGUGAGAAGGCGAUGCUGUGCUCGUGGUUGCUGUUCGAGUGGCAGGUGGAGAAGCUGGAGGUGUUGGACAGGAGCAGCAAGACUUUGAUCGAGAAGCUGGAGGAGUGUGAGCAGAACUACAUGGCGUUGGAGAGAGAUUAUUCACACUGCAAGAAUGAGCUCCUGCAGGACAUUCAGCGUCUGCAAGUUGAGGCUGGUGGCUUGAGAGAUCAGCUGAAUCACACCCAGUCGGAUCUGAUGAGCUACAAGAACAUCUUGGAGAAUGAGAGAAGCCAGAACCUGCUGGACCGCGAGGCAGCGAAUUCAAUGAUAUCCUCUCUCAAACGGAACUUGAUGGAGAGAGAUGAAAGAUUGCUGAAGCACGAGCAAGAAAUCAGUGAGAAAGAUGUUGAGAUUAAUUACUGGAAGAAGCAAGCAGAGGCAGCGACACUGGAAUGCAGAUCAGUGUACGAAGAUUAUCUGUUUGCACUUCGACAGCGAGAUUUGAGCAUUGAGGACAAAAACAAGGCUCUUGAGCUAGCAGAAGUGCGAUAUCAUGAGAUGAUCCUGCAGCAGCGAAUGAGAGAAGAGAGUGAAAUCAAGCAUGAUGCACAGAUGGUUCCAAGAAAGGAUAGUGACUCAGAUUCGCAUCAUGAAAAUCAUCUAAAGAGUGGUUUAGAAGCCUUGAUACAGCAAUUAUCUCUUCUUGAAACAGAUCUGACAUAUAUUGACUUCACAAGUCAAGAAGAAAUCAAUUUGAAAUUCGCAGAAAGGAUUUCAUCAGGAACGCAAACAACUCUCAUAAAAAAAGAGGUGCAAAACAAAUUAGUUGCCCUGGGCAAAACAUGCAACGUGAAAAGAUGGAAGAAGCUUGAACGCGAUUGUUAUGCUCUUUGGUUGUCUCUUGAGAAUUGUCAAUGCGGCAGCGAGUUAAAAACCCCACACGUGAGAAGCUUGUAUCUUCCACCACAAGACCUCUCCAUCAAGCAAUCGCUCUUCUAUCACAGCUCAAGGGGGGAGGACAAGAUGUUGUCAUAUGGUUCUGAUACCCCGAGAGAUCUUUUACAGAGCCGGCCGUUUAGCAACGAGACUUUGAAGCGGAACCUGCUUCUUCGCUUGCAGUCUGCACGUGAGAAAGCUGUUUCAAUGCACGAGAAGCAAUGGAAACGUUUCUUGCUGCAAGGAGAAGAAAUUCCUCGAAUACGUGCUGAUGAGAGAAGGGCAAAAACGGUUGUUGAGAAGAAGCAAUUCAAUCUUGUGUGAAGCUCAUUGCAUUCUACCACUGACUGACUUCAUC